AUGGUGUUUGACAAGGCCAUGAUGGGUUCCAGGGAGGGAUAUAUCACAUGGGGUCUACUGAGGGACAAAGGAUCACAUGGUACUUUCUCAGGGGUCUCUCUCAAACCUUCUGCGAUAAUUGCCAUCUCACACUUCUUUAAAAAAGAUGAUUGUCCUAUUCAGACACAGUACUAUACAACAAUGAAUCUAUCAUUCUUGAACCAACCUUCUUUCCAAGAGUUGUUGAGUCAUGCUGAGGAGUGCCAAGCUGAAAUCUCCGAUGAGGUACCUUCCUUGCCAUGGAAGGUGCAAAAUAAUAAUGGAGUUAACAUUAAGAAUCAGUACAACCAUGGGUUUCGUUUACCUGGUAGCAGAAAGAAAUUAUUUGCAGUCAAUCAAGCAUCUUCAAAAGCAGUGAAUGCACCAAAGGGCUACCUUGCACUCUAUGUUGGAGAGAAAAUGAAGCGGUUCAUGAUCCCUGUGUCAUACUUGAGCCAACCUUCGUUCCAAGACUUGUGGAGUCAAGCUGAGGAAGAGUUUGGAUAUGAGCACUCCAUGGGUGGUCUCACAAUUCCUUGCAGCGAAGAUCUCUUCCAACGUAUAACUUCUUGCUUGAAUGGAUAA